CUUGGACUGGCAAUUCAAAUGGAUACAAGACAGUACCCAAACAAGUAAAGGUGCAUGUUAAGACACAACCUCAGUAUCAGGUAACAAUAUUCAUUCAGGAAAUUUGCACACACAGAGAAGAUUGGAUUACUGCAGCUCCAGAGAUUACUGGAAGGAGGAGGAAGUGCUGGAUUGGGGCAGAACACAGGGAGGCAUUUCUUUUCUCCAGAAGGAUCAGGCAUCUGAUAUAUGUUGCAUUGAUACUAGUUAAUCAGAUCAGGUUACUUUGAACAAAGAUGGCUGGCUUUUUUUGCAAAUGUUAUUAUUGUUUUUUUUUUUUUUUUUUUUUCUAUAAAGUAGUUGUUUCCUAAUUCCCUUCAUGUGAGGGAAUUAUUUUCUGUACAUUGUGUGAAAUUGUGCUUUACUUAUGAUACAAUUUGUUUCAAAGCUCACUGUGCACGAUGCUGACAUAAAACCUCCUACUCCAAAAAAAGGAGUACAAAGGAUUAAAGUUAAACCAGCUGCAACAGUAUACAACUUUGUUACGUCAGAAGAAGAGGAAGAAGAGCCUGAAGGAGUUGAAAAUGACCAGCCACAGGAAGGAGCAAGAGAGUCAGAAGUUGAAGACAAUACCAACACGAUUGGUAUUGUUGAAAGUGCUACACAAAAGGAAACAAAUGAAAUCUCUGUACUGUUAUCAAGACAAGACAGACCAAAAGAACCAAGUUUGUAUUUGGAGAAUAUCUCAGAGACUCUUUCAGAGAAGGAUCUUAGUUAUUCAUCUCAGGAUGCCAAUCAAGAAGAGAAAAACAGUGUAAAUGCACAAGUAGAAGUGCAUGUUAAGACACAACCUCAGUAUCAGCUUACUGUGCGUGAUGUUGAUAUAAAACCUCCUAUUCCAAAAAAAGGAGUACAAAGGAUUAAAGUUAAACCAGCUGCAACAGUAUACAACUUUGUUACAUCAGAAGAAGAGGAAGAAGAGCCUAAAGGAGAUGAAAAUGACAAGCCACAGAGUCAUUCUUUUGGGACUGGCAAUUCAAAUGGAACCAAGACAGUACCAGAACAAGUAAAUGGGGAUUCUAAGGUAGAACCUCAGUUUCAGUUCACUGUAAGUACCUGUGACACAGAAGCUGCUACUCCAGAUAAAGGAGUAGAAACAAUUAAAGUGCAAGAAGCCACAACAGUACUAAAGUCGGUAUCCAUAUCAAAGGAAGAGCAAGAAGAGCUUAAAGGAAGUGAAAAUAACCACCCACAGAAUUUAUCAGAGAAUCUUACCAAGGAGGAUCUUGGUUGUUCUUCUGGGAGUGGCAAUUCAAAUGGAACCAAGACAGUACCCAAACAAGUAAAGGGGUCUUUUAAGAAACAUCCAUUGAAGGCUAUUCAGAGCACUAUUAACAUGACAGUUUCCAGUCUGAAGAAAGCAGUAGGAAGGAAGAAUGUGAAAAUAUCCAGAUCAGCAAAGCAAGACUUUAUGGUAAUAUCAGAGGAAAAGCAAGAAAAGCACGAUGGAAGCAAAAAUAAUCAUCCACAGAGCAUCUCACAGAAUCUUAAAAAGAAGGAUCUUGGGUAUUCAUCUGAGGCUUCUAAUCAAAAAGGAAAAAAUACAGUAAAUGAACAAGUCGAAGGGUUUUCUGAGAAACAUUGCCAGUUGAAGUCCACUCAGCAUGCCAUUAAGAUGGAAGUUUCCCAUGGCAAGAAAGCAGUAAAACAGAAGAAUGUGCAGCUAUCCAGAUCAGAACAAGCCUUGCAGAUGUCAUCAGAUGAAGAGAAAGAAAGUCAUGAAGGAAAUAAAAAUAAACAGUCAAAGGUUAAAAAACAAAGGAAGAAGUGUGAAGCUAAUGAGAUAGAAGUAUCUAAAUACCUCUGUGAUUUUGCAACUGAUAACAGUGAUGAUGAUGGAUUAAUUCAAAAAAGAAAGGCUGGAGAAACCUACAAUCAGCAGUUUUCCAGAAAGGAGAAUGAAAAGUGGGACAG